CGAUGUAGAAAGAUGAUGUAAGCCAUCCACUCCCAAUCUCAACGUUCGCCCACGCGAGAAAACGUGACAGCGCGAUCUUUCCCCGCGAUAUCCACCAUCUCUCUCACUCAGCAUCCCACUCGACGAUCCAUAUUCAACACCCCGCCUCCGGAUCACAACCCCAGAAGCUAUCAGACUCGCAGCAUAUACCGCACACCACAAUGGCCGACGACAAACCCACCGAAUACGUCACCCUCGUCUCAAACGACGGCUUCGAAUUCAAGAUCCUCCGCUCAGCAGCCUGUAUAGCAGGAACGAUCAAGAAAGCACUGGAUCCACUGUCUGGUUUCCGGGAAAACGCACAGAACCGCGUUGACCUGCCUACGAUCAACGGUGUGGUGCUGGAGAAAGUCUGCGAAUACCUAUACUACAACCAGAAGCACGCAGAGAGUAAAGACGUGUCGGACAUGGAUAUCCCGCCUGAGCUUUGUCUGGAGUUGUUGAUUGCUGCGGAUUAUCUUGAUGUGUGAGGUUUAUGACUGAAUAAUCCGAGAUACGCUUCUAUGUCCACGCGCCCAGCGCCUAUUUUCGGCGCAAAUAAGAGGAGAAGCUUGUGAGGCAAUGUUACAUGCAUCGGCAUGAGAGUCGUGGUGGAAGGUUGAUCUGAGACGGGCCUGAGAGCUGCCUGGGGCGCUCAUGCGCAGGAUACUAUAGGAAGCGGAGACGUCGAGCACAAGGGCAUCUCGAGUGACCCGUACACUGGAAGCAAAGAAAGCAGCACCUUCUCUAGCUGUUGAUCCACCUCUCUCUUAUUCAAGGAGGUGCUGGCAAGUCUCGAGUAGAUGAAAAUCAUUCGAGUGCUGUCUACAAUUAGGAGAUCAGGGCUUUGCUGCCACCUCAUACAAGACACAAAACUUGAACAGAUCUGGGGACUACAUCAAGAUUAA